AUGACUAACGCUAUGAACGCCGAGACUAUGAUCGCUUCUUCUGCCCCCAUUCACGCCCCGGGGGCCUCCAAAACCAUGCCCGUUGACAUCCCCAAGAAGGGAGUCAUUUCCGUGGGCCCCAUUCUGACCCCCAAGAACUCCUCCAACAUGCCCAACUCCACAACUCCAAGACGAUGUACCUUUACCGACUUUGAUCGAAUUGUUGAGUGUCUGUCUCUGUGUUUCUCUGGAGACCCCGUCGACGCCUACUACACCCAAUGUGACGGCCAAACCGAGGAAGAGUCCCACAAACUCGAUAUCGAGAUUUUCUCUUACGCAACCUAUGUCUAUCUUCUCAAGGGUCGAAUCUACACCAUUGGCGACUUUGAAGGUAUUUCCUGUUGGUUGCCUCCCGGAGAAGAGGCUGACGAUUGGUGGACAGCCCUCCGGUCUGGAGGUUGGACCCUUCCUUACAAGUUUGGUAAGGAGGGCCGAAUCAGAUACUUCAAGGAGUACCUGCCCAAGAUUGACGAAGCCCGAGAACGUCACCUCAAGCCCGAAGACGCCUACAACGUGUGGUAUCUCGGCUAUCUCGGAACCCUGCCUUCAGCCCGAGGAAAGGGUUUGUCUCGAAAGCUCGUGGAGCACGUGACCAACAUUGCCGACAAGCAGGGACUCUACUGCUACCUGGAGUCGACCAAACUGACCAACCAAGUCAUUUAUGAGCGAUUUGGAUUCGAUCUGAGAGAAACCUUCUACCUGACUCGAGCAGAAACCCCUGUCCCAGUGCAGUUCAUGAUUCGUGCUCCUAAACCUAAUCCCGUCAAGAAUCGACGCUUACUGGAGGCCAUGAUGACUCCUCCUCACUCUCCUGAGCCCGAGUGCCAACUCAUGCUCAUGUGA